AUGGCUGGUAAAGGCCGAGGUCGCGGCCGUGGCCGUGCUAGAGCAGCAAGGCAUGCACCGUCGCUGUUGCCUGCGACGUCAUCGUAUUCUAAGGGGGAGUGGGAGUUCGAGUUCAUCGCCGUCCUCAAUGGCGACCCACUCGGCAUCCAGAGGCUGCUGGACAAGUUCACCGAGUUCGUCGCCAGCAACGUGCUGGCCGCGCUGCAGCUGCGGAAGGCUAGCUGCGGCUUCAGCCGGUGGCCGGUGGACGUGCUCUUCGAUGGCCGCGACAAGAUGUACCUCCACACCGGCUGGGAGAAGUUCUCGCGCUUUCACGACCUCCAAGCCGGUUGCGUCCUCACAUUCUCCUACCAAGGCGACGAGGAGAUGAGUGUGAAGGUGUUCGACGACACGUCCUGCCGCCGGCACUACCACGGCGACGAUGAAGAGGACGACGAUUGA